AUGCUGGAGCGUUCCAACAACAACAAUGUCCUCGAUGAGUUCCAGAACAUCGACAGCUUCCCUAGCCCCAACCAGCAGCAGCUUGAGAACACCGAGCAGCGUGCACAUGGCACGCUGUCCAACAGCACGCCGCCAGCCAAGGUCGACCCGGACACAAUCAUCAGUCUGCAGCUCAUCGCCGCGCAGGAGCAAUUCGAGGCUGCCUUUUUCCAGCAGCUGUUAAGCAAUGUAUCCAAUGCGGAGCCCGGGUAUGUCAUUGAGAAUGCCAAUGCCGCAGAGCUCGCUAUUAGUGCCUUGACUGCGAUUGUCGCUCAAGAGGAACUCCACGCCCUCAACGCCAUCAACGCACUCAAACACUUCGGUCACACCCCGGUCGCCCCCUGCCUGUACAACUUCCCCGUAUCCACGUUCGAAGACGCCAUCACGCUCGCGCAGACCUUUACAUCAGUCGUACUCGGAACUUUGCAGAACGUUGUGCUCAACAUGGGCUCACACGGCGACGCUGCCCUGAGCCAAGGCGUUGCAUCCGUUAUUGGACAGGAGGGCGAACAGGAGGGUUGGUUCCGGCUCCUAAAUAAGCGUAUCCCUAGUGAACUGCCAUUUCUCACCAACUCGGUGCGCGACUUUGCCUUUAAUGCGCUGGUCCAGGACUUUAUUGUGCCUGGCUCAUGCCCAAAUCUUGACCAGACUGCCGAGCUACAAUCACUACACUCCAUGCAGCCUUUAACCGUGGUCGAGACGUUUGACCCCAGCAAAAGUGCUAAUGAGGUUGUCCGGCUAAGCUUUGAGCUGCCAUCCGGUAGUGAAGCAACGGAGUAUGAGGUUGCGUAUAUCAACCAGCAGAAUGUUCCGUUUGUGCUGCCAUAUAAGGUCACCAGUCAGCAGGGACAGACUCUAUCGGUGGAAGCGGAGUUUCCGUUCAAGGAGCACGAGCUUAAUGGGUUGACCAUACUGGCGAUUGUUCCGACUGCGACGGUGGCUACUUCUAACCAGGCGGUGGCUGAUGCUACGCUGGCGGGGCCUGGUUUGGUGAUUGUCAACUAA